AUGAAGACGAAGAGGUUCUGGACGGUGGAGGAGAGCUUUUGGAGGCGGGGAAGUCCGGGAGAUGGAAUUCGAAGUUCCAGGACUUGCAGACGACUGCGACAGAGCGCAAUUGGGGGAAUUUGAGGAGGAGGAGGCAUGUGUUUUGA